CUGUUAGGAGCAGGUCAUGCUCUAUCCUGACCAACACCAUCACCACCGCAACUAUCCUCGCUACAAGUGGUGUUUUCGUCAGUACGGGCUCUCCUGUGCCAUACUUUGACUAUUCAUCACCUGCUCCCUAUUGUCUACUCUUUAUGUCUCUCAUGCUCGCCAUGAUUGCGAUGUUGAUAUCUGGCUCAAGUAUGAUACGCUGGCUACACACCGAUCGGCAGUGGACUCAAGAACAACUCACGCAAGGCGAUUACUUUGUCUGGUCCUACCUGUUGUCAAUAGUCACGCCUAUCUUCUUCGUUGUCUUGUCCCUGAAUUGUUUCAUGUUUGCGAUAUUGAUAGCAGGGUUUCCUCUCAAAGCAUGGUCUUCCGCACCGUCACUGCGCUCUGGUUGGUCACAUACGUUGUCAACAUUGGCGCAAUAUUCAUGGAAUUCAUGUGGAAAUAUGCGAAGGGCCUCAAAUCACGCUAGAUGUCGACAGUAGUUUCCGCUUUGUUCAUUCUUAGUCCCGAAUCGUGAUGUUGUACACUGUAAUUGACGCUUCAUGUUUGUGUUUUCGUUGUUAAAUAAUAGAUCGGUGGUUAUGCAGUCUUUCAUGAAAACCUGACAAAAAUC